ACUUGUUUACAUUGUGCAGCACGCGGCGGUGUGUGGCGGCCAGCGCGCGUCUGCGCGAGCUUCAUGGGAGACCGACGUACCGAACAUUUCAGCUCGCAAAAGUUCCUUCCAGGGUCGCUGUUAAACUUUUCAUUUCUGUCUGUUGAGAAACCACUUCAUCCCCGGUUGUCAUAUCGACAUGCAGGAGUCCAAGACCGAUCAAGCAACCAAUAGCAGUCCAGCUGGGCAGGAAGGUCAGAGCUCAGAGAGCGAGAAGAGAGUAACCAGAGAAACAUCUUCAUCCCCGUCAGCCACAACUCAGACACUUCAAACACCGGUGCUACAAGUUGCUCCACAACAUCUGCAGCAGCAACCGAGUGGUGAGAAGUCCCCCAAGAGCACAGAAAAAGAGGCAGACGCACAGGUGGCUGUAUCAGUGGGGAUGAUCACUCCUCAGACCAUCACCUCUCAGCAGAUGCAGCAGAUCCUUCAGCAGCAGGUCCUGAGCCCCCAGCAGCUCCAACUGUUACUGCAGCAACAACAGGCCCUCAUGUUACAGCAGCAACAGCUUCAGGAGUUCUAUAAGAAACAGCAAGAGGAACUCCACCUGCAGCUCCUGCAGCAACAUCAUGCUGGGAAACCCAGUAAAGAGCAGGUGAUGGCCCAGCAGAUGGCUAUACAGCAGCAGUUACUCUCCGUUCAACAGCAGCACCUGCUCAACCUGCAGAGACAGGGCCUGUUGUCUGUCCCGUCAGCUCUCACCAGUACACUGACCCAGGGCUUGAUCCCUGCUGAGCUUCAGCAGCUGUUGAAAGAGACGGCAGAUGCACGACAGGAGGAGAAGAGUAGAGGAGACAAAUCCCCUUCUCCUCCCAAAACUCAGAUCCUCAACCACCACUCCAGCACUAAUGGACACCAUGUGCACCGACCCAGCUGGAGAGACAGUUCUCAGGAGAGUCAUUCCCAGAGCGCCCAUCCUUUAUACAGCCACGGCGUAUGCAAGUGGCCAGGCUGCGAUGCCGUGUUCGGAGACUUCCAGUCAUUCCUCAAGCAUCUGAACAGUGAACAUGCUCUGGAUGACAAGAGCACAGCACAGUGCAGAGUUCAGAUGCAGGUGGUUCAGCAGCUGGAACUGCAGCUCGCCAAAGACAAAGAACGUCUUCAGGCCAUGAUGGCCCACCUCCAUGUCAAGUCUACUGAGCCCAGACCUGCCCCUCAGCCAGUGAAUCUGGUGUCCAACCUCACACUUGCCAAAGCAACCGUUCCCAAAACCAGUCCCUCUAUGAGUCUUUCCCAGAGUGCCACAGCCCCGUCUACACCCCUCACAUCACUCCCCCAGAUGCCCUCCGUCAUCAUACCCACCAGCCUGCACAGCAUGGGACCCGUCCGCAAGCGCUACUCUGACAAAUACAACAUCGCCAUGGACCAAGAUAUUGUGCAGAAUAAGGAAUUUUACCUGAGUGCUGAGGUCCGGCCUCCUUUUACAUACGCAGCUUUGAUCAGGCAGGCCAUUUUGGAGUCUCCAGAAAAGCAGCUAACACUAAAUGAAAUCUACAACUGGUUCACGCGCACAUUUGUGUAUUUCAGACGCAAUGCUGCAACGUGGAAGAAUGCAGUUCGCCACAACCUCAGUCUUCACAAGUGUUUCGUACGAGUCGAGAAUGUGAAGGGGGCCGUUUGGACUGUAGACGAGAUGGAGUUUCAGAAAAGAAGGCCACAGAAGAUCACUGGAUCACCUCUGGUGAAGAACAUCCAGUCCAGUCUGGGACAGAAUCCCACCCUGUCUUCUCUGCAGGCAGUGAUGGUGGACAGCAGUCUGCCCCUAUACGGCUCGGCGUCCAUGGGAGCGUCCAGUCUGAAGGCUCUGGCCAGCGCACUGCAUGAGGACAUGAGUUCUCACGAUCAUGACGAAGGCUCCCACAGCGACUCCAGCCUGGAGCUGUCUCCUGCGCCCACACUGCAUCAGUCUCAAAUCAAAGAAGAGCAGAUGGAGGCUGAGGACUACAACAGCUCCAUGUCUCCAGAGACAGAAGACCAGCACAGUCCAGACACCAACCACCACGAGCCGGGGUUCUCCUCGUCACCUCACUCGCUCCGCUGCUGAGAUCCUCCUCCAUCAGACUCAGAAAACUGACUUUGGGAACAACCGCUUAUUUAUUGUUUCGAUGUACCUGUUUCUGUUGUAUGCAGAUUGACCUCACUGGUACAGAAGGGCUCCUCUGUGUUUAAAAAUGUGCUCCAUCAGCAUGCAGAGGACAGAAGAGGGCACUGUAGACAACACAUCAUCUUCGGUUUGUAUAUUAAACACUACAGCACCUGAACUCCAUCAACUGCUUAAAGGGAAGAUGGUUUCCCUUUCAACUGAGGAAAAUGAAUUUUUAAGGUGUCUAUGAGAUAUUUAGCUUUCCACAAAAUCUCAUCAGUGCAGCUGUGAAUGCUGAAUGAAAAGCUCUUUAUUGUUGAUGCAAGUUUGAAUCACCUCUGCCUCAAAUACUGUAGGGUUUAGUCACCAUCAGGGCCGUCGCUUGAGGUCACGGGGCGCUGAUGAUAUUUCGAUGAGGCUGUAACAUAGAGGACCUGACGACGGCCCCGGUAACGUGUGGCCUUAAAUUUCAGACUGCUUAUUGGUAGAAUGGAAAAUGAAAUCGUGAAUGUCUUUCUUUUUUACCUCUUUUUUUUUUUUUUUUUUUAAGAUAAAACAAAACCAAAGGGGAACAUUUUAUAACCAGCACUUGAUGAUGAAUGUUUUUGAUUUGUUUUUCACUUAGUGUGUACAGAAGGUUACUGUAUUUUCAUUAUCCAAAACAUUUUUUAUGCAAAGGAAAUUCCCAACAGUCCCAAUCAUUCGGUUACUAGUAUAGCUGAACCAAACGUUUUCUUUAAUAUUUGAGUUCUUUAUUUUUUGGAUAAGUUUUUUGCUGUUGUAGAAAGAAUCAACCGUUACCAAAGAUUGUGAAAGAUGUUUUGAUGUUGUGUAUCCUGUUUACAUUGUCCCUUUUAAUAUGGCCAAGACUAAGAAGUCUAAGAAGACGAUGUGUUAAAUGUCACACUUGUGACAUUUUGAGCAUUUUGUAAUUGUAAUCAUUUGAUCUGACAACUAGUUAUUGUACCACAGAGAAAAAAAGUAGAUGACAAGGAAAUAAUGCAUAAUUGUUGAAUGAGUAACUUGUUACACAUGUCUGAAAGAAAUAGAUGGCAUCGGUUUCAAAUGAACUGUCAGUUUAAUGCUCUCUGAAUAAAUGGCCUUAUGAUUAAUAAAUUCUUGUAUGAAAAUGUGAAAAAGUUAAA